AUGGCUACUCUACUGUUGGUUGCUCGAGAAAAGUUAACCCUUUGAGCAUGUCAAUGCUCAAAAGCAUCAUUGAAGAGAUUGUAGGACUAACUGAAGAUGAAUUCAAAUUGAUCGGAAGUCACAAGAAUGAUAAGUUGGUUGACGAGAUUGUAGGACUAACUCAAGAUGAAAGCAAGUUGCUCGGAAUUAAUAAGAUUGGUAAGUUGGUUCGGUCGCUUAACGAUAUUAAGGCAGCGAUGACGCGGGGAAUAUUGUUGCUCAAAGUGUUUGAGAAGGCUGGUGUUGCUCUUGAAAAAUACAGGCAAUUAGUACAAAGUGAAAUUCCAAAAGAAAAGGUGGUCAACGACAUUAAGGCGCUGCUUGAGAGAGCCGGGUUUGUUAUAAACGACAAAGAUGUUGAUUUAAGUGACAUUGACUGUGAAAGUGAAAGUAUCAAAGAGGCAACGGAAGAAUUAGGUGAUUGGUUGAUUUCCACUUCAAGUGACUCAUGCUUCAAAGGAAUUUUCCAGAAAAAAUCCAUUAGGCUUUGUUUGAUUAGAUGGAAUCAACUAGAAAAGAAAGGAAAGAGAAAAUUUUUAAAUUUUUUUAGAGUUUGGAUAGAUGGAAAAAGAAUCGUAAUAGAAAAUAUAGUUUCCCACAUUAGACUAGUUUCCCCCAAAACUUUUCUCACAUAAAACACGAGGAAAUAAUAUUUUCUCUUGAAAACUGCUUCUUUUUAUUUAAAGUUCCUAUUUUAUCCAACAACUGAAUCAUGUAAAACAACUAACUUCUUUCUUUUCUAACUGAGUUUCUUUUCUACUGAGUUUCAAAGAGGCAAGUUUUCUAACAAUUUCUAUUUUAGUGGACUUCUAAAAGGCAAGUUCUCUCUAAACAUGUUCUUUUGCAAUACUAUUUGGACGAUUUUUUUUUUUGGGUUCCAAAUAUAUACAUUGUAUUUGAUAUAUAUAUAUAUAUAUAUAUAUAUAUAUAUAUAUACCCCUCUAUUAUAUAUACAUAGAAUAAUAUAUGUUUUGCUUUUUUGUGUUCUCUAGUUGAAAGCCCAUGAGUCCAUGAGCCCAAAUUUUUUAUUUUUUAUUUUAUUUUUAAGCCUCCUUAUUCCUUUUAAAUGAAUAGUUAGUUUUACUUCUAUGGUUCUACCUAAGAAGUCUUGAAGUAUUGUUUUAUUUUAUACAAUAUAAAUGAAUAUAAAUAAUUAUAUUAUUAACUUUAAUAAUUCAUCAUUUUUUUUAAAACUUUGAUAAAAAUAGAUAUCAUCAAACACAAAUUUAUUUAUUUUUUUAGUAUUUGAAAUCAUAAGGGUAAUUUUGGUAUGCACAAUCACUUUCUUUUCAUUUUCAUGCUAUCCAAACUAACAAACUAAUAUUUUCAUACAAUUUUCUUGAAUAAAUUUUCAUGCUAACCAAAUGCUUGAUAGAAAAUAACUUUUCUUUUCAUUCACUUCACUUUUCUUUCAUUUUUCAUUUCUUUUCUUUUCUUGCUUAGUUCUAUCUAACCAAACGGAGCCUUAAAGUAGUCUGAUUUUGUUAUGUUUUGUUUU